CCUACAAGCAGUCGAUGAAUUUGUAUUCAGAUUUUUAAAAUUUGCUGCUGCUUUAUAUCUAGUCUAAAUCAUUAGUUUUCUACAGAAAAGUUUAUAGUAUUUGAAUAAAUCUUUCGUUUUUAAAUUUAAAUUAUGACAACCUUUUCAUUCUACAAGUGUGAGGGGCAUAGCUCCUAUAUCCUUAAUGUUUCCGCUGAAGAGACAGACAACCUCGGCCAGAGCUUCCAGGACAAGCAAAUAAAAGGACACUACCCCUCUCUUGGACGUAGCGUUCGGAACCCUGAAGCCUUUUACAAUUUCUUUGGGGCAUACACUGAAAGAAUAGCCCACGAAGCUAGGCGUUGCUGGCAGCAGAUGUCCACUCGCCAGCGUGCACGGUUCGGUCCGAUAAGAUCGAGUAAGAUCAUAAAGGAAAAACUUAGGUUGGCCCAUAGGAGGUUUAAAGGCCAUGCUCGCCAGGAAGAUAUGAGAUUCCAAAAAGCAAUAUCAGAGUUAAAAUAUAAGGAGUUUGUACCUAAAGAGAAUUAAACAAAAUUUUAAUUAUAAAAAAUAAUUUUUAUGA